AUGACGCCACCGCUGCUUCGGUACCGCCGCACCACGCGGGCGUGUGGGCUUGUCGCUGCUGUGGUGCUGUUGUCGGCGCUGCUGUACAGUGGGACGCGCGCCGUGGAGGAGAGAUCAAUGUCGCUGUACACGGAAGCGCAGCAGCUCCAUACGCGCAGGUUUCUCGAUGAGUUUGUGCAGUCGAUGCCAGGCCUCCGAAACAUUUGGGCCGGUGACGACUUCUGCGCCUGGGAGGCAGUGACGUGUCUCCGUUACGGGGUGUCCAUCAGUGCCACCAACUGGAUUCGGCUGGCUGCCUUUCCCGGCCGUCUGCCGGAGGUGUCGAGCGUCGACGUUGAUAUGUCGCAGGUGGUUGUCACCUCCAUUACGAUGCGCGCGAACGGGCCGAACUUGUCAGGGACGCUGCCAGUUAGCUGGGGCUUGCUGCGAAACCUGGGCAAGGUGCACUUGGAUAGGAACAGUCUCACUGGCAGCCUCCCGCCGGAGUGGUGCGACCUGGAUGGGUUGGUGGAGCUCUACCUAAGCAACAACAGUCUCACCGGCAGUUUGCCGGGGUCGUGGGGAAAGUCCAUGAAGAGUCUCUCCUUCUUGUUCCUCGAUCGCAACGCCCUGACCGGUACGCUACCCCCGGAGUGGGGGCGCAUGAGGUUGAUUCGGUCCUUGAUAUUGGAAAAGAACCGAUUGAAUGGCACGCUUCCUGUGGAGUGGCAACAUAUGCAAGCCGCCUCAACGCUGAGCGUUGGUAUGAACGAUCUCAGUGGCACCCUUCCACACGAAUGGGCGCGGAUGUCGGUGAUGGGGUGGAUGGACCUGAAUUCGAACCAUCUUACCGGCACGUUGCCGAUGGCGUGGGCGUCGAUGACCUUCCUGACUAACCUACAGCUUUUCAGCAACAAGCUCACCGGCACUCUACCUGCGGAAUGGCGGCGCUUGACAUUGCUGGAGGAAUUGAGCGUGGGGGACAAUAGGAUUGUGGGUACCAUGCCUGCGUCGUGGUCGGCCAUGACCUCGUUGACUGAGCUACGACUGGGGCGGAACAACCUCCUCGGCGUCUUGCCCACGGCAUGGGGUGCGAUGGCGCUCAUGCAGGUGCUGGACGUGUCUGGGAAUUCCCUGAGCGGCACUCUACCGGUGUCGUGGGGCUCGAUGCGGCACCUCGAUACGCUGAGUGUGCGCUACAACAAGCUGGGCGGCCCGCUACCGGUUGCGUGGAGGACGCUACCGGCAAUUCAGCACCUCCAUCUGGAGGGCAACCGGCUUUGCGGCUGUCUUCCCAUCAACUGGGCAAGCCCUGGUGUCGACAUCACGGUAGACGAGGCAGUCAUGCGGACCAAUUGUGCCACAGCGAACGCAUGUGCUGGUUAA